AUGGAUCUUUCCUCUCCUCUCCUCAGCUACUUCACACAGAACUCCUGGAGCUGCCCGAGCUCGGACUCGGAUUUCUACAACAUCUCAUCUCCUGAAGCAGUGUCUCCCACCUCCUACAUGGACUUCUCUCCCUCAGUCCAAUGGCAGAGCAGUUCUUCUCCGCCUCACUCAGGACACCUAGGUGGUACCAAGGCGCCCAUCUCUGGUUCUUUACACGAGGCCAGUGGACGUUCUCGUGGAGGGACUAGAAGAACUCGCUCCAAGAACCCUAGCAAGCAAAGACAGAGUGCCAGCGAGAAGGAGAAGCUCCGAAUGAGGGAUUUAACAAAAGCUCUCCAACAUCUCAGGACUUACUUACCUCCUUCCGUGGCUCCUGUCAGCCAAACCCUGACGAAGAUCGAAACUCUUCGUCUCACCAUCCGCUACAUCUCCUACUUGUCAGCUCAGUUGGGCCUCAGCGAAGAGUCAGACCGAAAUCAGGCCGAAGAGUUUUGUUGGUCCAGUUCAACUGCAGAUUACUGGGGAUUCAGAGAUGGGGUUACAGCACAUCAAGAAGAACAGGAUCAAAGCAACUUCAGGUCAGAAAUCAUCUUGAGGAGAACAGAAGUGGAACGUCAUCAAGUUUGCAUGGGCAUGGAGACACCUGCUUAUGAUGACUCCUUUAAGUCAAGCUCAGAAUCUCUAUUGGAAUUCCCUUUGCACGUGGAUACAGCAGCAGCAUACCAGGACUACAGCAAAGCCAUCCACUGUCCCAGCAGAGCACCAGAAUUCUGGGGAUGA